AUGGCCGACACAAUAGAAGACGACAGAGAUCGUCUCAAGUCAGCGCUCUGGUACGCCGUCGGGCAAAUCGUCGACGAGGAGUGCAUGCGCCGCAACCGCAACGCGACGCCCCAGUUCAUCGGUGCCCUGACCGAGCUCGUCUGGACCCAAAUCGAGAAUGUCGCCAUCGACCUCGAGUCGUUUGCCAACCACGCCGCCCGCAGCGUCGUCACCACCGAGGACGUGCUGCUGCUGGCGCGCAAGAACCCGGAUCUGCAGCAGCUCAUGAAGGAGUACAUUGACGAGCGCAAGACGGAGCGUGGCGUGCGCAAGCCGGCUGGCGCUGCGGCGUCGUCGGGGAGAGGAGGACGAGGAGGACGAGGAAGGGGGCGUGGAGGUGCGACGAGGAUAUCGGGGCGGUGA